GGACAAAGUCUAUAAAAUGGCUACCUCUCAGAGAAGCUAAGGUCACAGCAAAACAAUGGCAGAGAGCUUGGAAACAAGGCAGGGUGAGUACGCCAAGGAUGGCUCUGUGGAUCUAAGAGGGAAUCCUGUUCUUAGGUCCAAAAGAGGAGGAUGGACUGCCUGCUCUUUUGUUGUGGUGUAUGAGGUGUUUGAGAGGAUGGCAUACUAUGGCAUAUCAUCAAACUUGGUGAUUUAUCUCACAAAGGUGCUUCAUCAGGGCACUGUCACUGCAUCAAACAAUGUGACUAACUGGGUCGGCACCGUGUUCUUGACACCCGUAUUGGGUGCGUACAUCGCCGAUGCCCAUCUAGGUCGUUAUUGGACCUUUGUCAGCGGAUCUGCCAUCUAUCUUGUGGGAAUGUGCUUGCUAACACUAGCGGUUUCUGUACCAACAUUCAAGCCACCACCUUGCAGAGCCACCUGCGAACCUGCUUCGACAUUGCAACUAUGUGUGUUUUUUGGGGGACUGUACAUACUUGCACUGGGAAAUGGUGGAACCAAACCCAACAUUUCAACCAUAGGUGCAGGCCAGUUUGAUGAGUUCGAUCCAAAGGAGAGGAUGCACAAGCUUUCCUUCUUCAAUUGGUGGAUGUUUAGCAUCUUCCUGGGGACACUGUUUGCCAAUACAUUCCUGAUCUAUCUGCAGGACAAUGUUGGCUGGACUGUUGGAUAUGGAAUUCCAACUCUUGGUCUUAUAAUCUCAGUAAUCAUUUUCUUGGCCGGCACACCAUUUUACAGGCACAAGGUGUCACAAGGAAGUCCAUUUACUAGGAUGGUUAGGGUUAUGGUGGCUGCAGUGAGGAAGUGGAAACUUCCCAUUCCAAAUGACCCAAAGGAACUUCAUGAGCUGGAUUUAGAGGUGUACACAAGGAAGGGGAAGUUUAGAAUUGACUCCACCAAUUCAAUAAGGUUCCUCAAUAAAGCUGCAGUCAAAGGCGGCUCCGACACCCCAUGGACAUUGUGCUCCGUGACGCAAGUGGAGGAGACAAAACGAAUCCUUCGGAUGCUUCCAAUUUUGACUGCAAUGUUCAUCCCGUGCACGGUGAUUGCUCAAACCAAUACCCUUUUUAUUAAACAAGGUACCACUCUGAAUCGACACAUUGGACCUCACUUCCAAAUCCCCCCUGCAUGCCUUCAAGCAUUUGUGACAAUAUCCAUGCUUGUCUCUGUUGUUCUCUAUGACCGUUACUUUGUGAAGGCCAUGAAGGUUUGGACAAAGAAUCCUAGGGGAAUCACACUCCUUCAAAGAAUGGGAGUAGGACUUGUUCUCCAAAUCAUAUUAAUGCUAGUCGCCUCCAUAACUGAGAAGAGUAGGCUAAGCAUUGCUAGAAGUCAUGGACUGGACAAGACUGGGGGACAAGUUCCUGUUACUAUCUUCAUACUAAUUCCUCAGUUUGUGCUUAUGGGAAUGGCUGAUGCUUUCUUGAUUGUGGGGAAGAUAGAAUUCUUCUAUGACCAAGCUCCAGAGAGCAUGAAGAGCUUGGGAACUUCAUAUUCUUUGACUGCUUUUGGUGUGGGUAACUUCCUCAGCAGUUUUCUCUUAAAGUUAGUCUCUAAUAUCACGAGCAGACAUGGUAAAGGGUGGGUUCUAAAUAAUCUGAAUGCCUCUCAUCUGGAUUACUAUUACGGAUUCCUUACCAUCCUUACUGUCCUAAAUUUCAUGUACUUCUUAUAUGUGAGUAAAAUUUACUCCUACAAAGUGGAGCUAUUUGAAUCAGUUGAUGCAUCUAGGGAGCAUCAAGGGGCACCAUAUGCUCAGAGGGAAUUGUGUACCUAAAGCUAAAUGCUUUCAAUCUAUUGAGUGCAGCAGAUUAAAGGCCAAAUGACCAGUUUAUUUUAUGGCUGAAGUGAAUCUUUGAGAAGCUAAGGGUUGUACUGUUUACAUGGUGGUUGCUUCCAAGGACCUGCUUGUGGAAACAAGCAUAGGGAAUAAGGGGAGGUCAAGGAUACAUUUAUGUAUGUAGAUUUUCUAAAUAUAUGAAAUACUUCUGCUUUCAUCUUGUAAUAUGACUUGUAAGAAAGUUCUACAUGCUAGUAGCUUUAUAUCUCCUUCAAUUUACAAAAUGAAUCUCUACUCCAGAGAAGGAUGGAUUUCCAA